AUGCAAGCAGGCUGCUGCAACAGGCUGGACAAGGAGACCUCGGGCAUCAUGGUGGCAGCCAAGACCAAGCAGGGCUUCCGCGAAAUUCGGAAGCAGUUUGAAAGCGAUCACAGCCUCGAGGAAGGAGGAACCGAAAAGUACUACUUUGCGCUGGUACAUGGGCGGGUCCAAAUUCCUGUGAGGCCGGCUGUGCAAAGUGAGGAUUGGAAACACGAGCCUCAUGAGAGCUGGGAGCAUGGUCGACGUGGGCGGAUUGAGAUUGCAAUGUGCUUUGACCAGUCGCGAUGGCGAGCCACACCCUGGAAUGAUGGAAAGCCGAAGGGUGGCAAGGGGAAGGAAUCUCGACGCAAAGGCCAAGGAGGAAAAGGAGGAGAUCGCGAUGAGGGUUGCGAGCCAGGAACCACGCAAGGCAGGCUCUAUGCGGUCACCUUCUACGAGCCAAUCGCUUGGUUUACCAACAAGCAGGAGCCGUUUACGCUUCUACAUUUACAGCUUGUGACUGGCCGAACACACCAGAUCAGGUUUCAUUGCAGCCAGAUCGGCUUUCCCGUCGUAGGAGACUGCGCAUAUGAAGCUCCGCAGAGGGACAGAGAUUGGGCGAAACGAGUAUUCCUACACUCGUACCAGACCAGAUUUCGGGAACCCUUCACCCAUCGAUGGUUUGAGGCAACAUCUCCGCUGCCACAAGACCUUGGCCAACUGCUGUGCGACUUGCAGCUGGAGCGCGCCAAGGCAGGGGGGCCUCUGUUCCUUUCAAGAAGGCAGCACACUGCCUUGAAGACAAUCUUCAAGCAGUAUGAUGCCUCGACAAUGCUUCUGCAUUCUCGAGAUGCUCCGGCUAACGCUGAAAAGAUCCUGGCAGAAGCGGCAGAAGCGCAGGACCACGGCAGCAGCAACGGAGGGCAUGGGGGCUGUGGUGGCAAUGGCCUUGGAGCGCGCAACCAAGACAAGCAGGAGGAGCAAGCCGAGAGUUGGGGGAACUCCCGGUCCUCUUGGUCCUCUUGGUCCUCUUGGUCCUCCUGGGGGGCGAAGUCGGCGAAGCCUUGGAGUGACGACAGAAUGCCUUCUGCCAGUAGUGCCCCGGUCCCAAACAAUCAAGACGCGGCAGAGGACAGCGAUGAGGACUGGGGCAAAUGGAGAGCCUGCGUCUUGCAUGGGCGUGCCGUGCUGAAUUUGCUUUUUGCUCUGAUCAGGCAGCGGCUGGCAAGUUCCUCUGGUGAGGCUGCUCAAGCGGCUGCUCCCACGGCCGCGGCUGCUCCCGCGGCUGCUCCCGCGGCUGCUCCCGCGGCUGCUCCCGGUGGACACGUAGCCCCAGGCCAUGGCGGAAACGACCAGAAUCGCCAAGGAUCCUUGGUGCAAAGAGCCCCUGCAGGACCCAAGGCGCAAGGGAUCUCCUGA